CAACGGUGCGGCUUUUCUCGUCCAACUGUGGCGCCGCCUCCGCCUCGCCUUCGACCGGAUGGGCACCGAGUACGACAUCCUGCUCUGCGGCGUGACGGGCUUCGCGGGCAAGCUCGCCGCGGAGCACCUGCUCGUGAAGAGCUACCCGAUCAAGUGGGCCUGCUGCGCUCGCAACGAGGCCAAGGCGGCGGCUGCGGUCAAGACGAUCGCGGACAGGGUCGGUGCGACGGCGCUGCCGCCCAUCGAGGUCGCCUGCCUCAUCAGCGACGAGGCGAAGCUGCGUGCGGUGGUAAAGAAGACCAAGGUCGUCCUCACUUGCGCUGGCCCCUUUGAGAAGUACUCUCAGACGCUCGUAAAGGUGUGCGCCGAGGAGGGCGUCCACUACGCAGACAUCACGGGCGAGUCGGACUUCUUCCGCAAGAUGAUCGCCGAGCAUGACGCGACCGCGCAGAAGACGGGCGCCAAGAUCGUCAUUCACUGCGGCAACGACGCGAUCCCGUGGGACCUGACGGUCUUUGAGAUGAGCAAGCUGGCGAGGAGCAAGGGCGCAGAGCUGGCCGAGGCGUGGACCUACGGCGAGUUCGGCGCUACGGCGGCGGCGAGCGGCGGCACGCUGACGACGGCCAUCUACCAGCUCGGCAAGAGGCGCGGCGGCGCGAAGCCAGACUUUGACCCGCUGCUCAAGAGGCCGGACGGCAGCAAGUCGGAGAGCCUGACCAAGAUCACAAACCCGAAGCAGGACGUCUACUGCGACGAGUUCGCGCAGUACGGCGGGCCGUGGAUCAUGGGGCCGGUGAUGGCCAACUGCGUGCGCCGCUCCAACGCGCUGCUCGGCUACAGCGCCAGCCUCACGUACGCCGACGUCAUGCUGCGAGGCCACCCGACGUGGGCGCAGUGGGCGGGCGCCAAGGCGAACGAGGCGCUGGUCGGCGCGGCGGUGAUGGCGCCGCGAGUCUUCGCGCGGUUCCUGCCUGCGCCGGGCGAGGGCCCGUCACGCGAGGACAUGGACGCGGGCUACCUCAAGCUGCACGGCAGGGGGAGGAUGGUCGAGCGGGACGGCAAGGAGACGCCGCUCAAGUCGACGUACCACUUCCCCUUGGACACGGGCUACCUGAUGACUGCGCAGAUGCUCGUCGAGGCGGGAAUGGUGCUGCUCGAGAAGGCCAAGGCGGGCCCCGGAGGCGUCCUCACGCCCGCCGCCGCCCUCGGCAGCGACAUCGUCGCGCGGCUCGACAAGGAGCUCGACGCAAAGUUCGAGAUGAGCGAGGCGUGAGAGAAUCUGCAUACAUGUAAAUCUCUACCCAACAUCGGAAGAUCCUUGGGGACUGUAGUCCGUAGAUGCCUUUUAGAGAUCUCAGAAAAGGCCAACAGAAGCAGUCGAGAUUGAAGUAUGAAGAAGCAAGAACUGGUGGGA